AUGGCACGGCUGAGAAGCUUCGCCGCCACAGGGUCAUGGCCAGCAGAUGAGGGCAACAGGCCAGCACCCAGACAGAAGAAGUGGUACGAGCUGUAUCAAAGGAUUGAGAAAUGUCCCAUGAUGCAGCAUGGGCAGAAGUCCUUGUUUGGUGGUGUCGGGAGAUGUUUGUGUGGAUUCCACAUCCAGAAGCAGCCAUCUUCUACAAGCCCGGAGGCUUCAGCUGCAGGUCCUGCCCACGCUGCUCCUACACGGCAGACGUCCACUGCAGGUCCUGCCCACGCUGCUACUACACGGCAGACGUCCACUGCAGGUCCUGCCCACGCUGCUCCUACACGGCAGACGUCCACUGCAGGUCCUGCCCACGCUGCUACUACACGGCAGACGUCCACUGCAGGUCCUGCCCACGCUGCUCCUACACGGCAGACGUCCGCUGCAGGUCCUGCCCACGCUGCUCCUACACGGCAGACGUCCACUGCAGGUCCUGCCCACGCUGCUCCUACACGGCAGACGUCCACUGCAGGUCCUGCCCACGCUGCUCCUACACGGCAGACGUCCACUGCAGGUCCUGCCCACGCUGCUCCUACACGGCAGACGUCCACUGCAGGUCCUGCCCACGCUGCUACUACACGGCAGACGUCCACUGCAGGUCCUGCCCACGCUGCUACUACACGGCAGACGUCCACUGCAGGUCCUGCCCACGCUGCUACUACACGGCAGACGUCCACUGCAGGUCCUGCCCACGCUGCUCCUACACGGCAGACGUCCGCUGCAGGUCCUGCCCACGCUGCUCCUACACGGCAGACGUCCACUGCAGGUCCUGCCCACGCUGCUACUACACGGCAGACGUCCGCUGCAGGUCCUGCACUAGGACAAGUCCAGGGAGCUGAAAGCCACAAGCGGAAACCACCACUGAACUUGUCCAUGGUACUUGUACAAUUAUGA